UUGUGGAAAAUGGCGUCCUCCUGUUCGCAUCUGGUGCGUCAAAUUUCCAAGACUGGACGAUUAUUCAAUAAAAACCUAAAGGAUCCAUGGCGUUGGAGGUAUUUUGGACUCAGUCCUGCUUUUUGUCAAGAACCUGCAGUUGCAGUGUCAGGCUCAGAAGGUGAAAUUGUGAUUCCAAGGAAGAAAACCUGGAGUAAAGACGCUGUGUUGCAGGCUCUGGCAGCCACCGUGAAUAGGGACCCUACGGCCUGUCAUUACAUGUUUCAGGAUGAUUCCUACCUCACACCAAGAACAUCUGGAGAGUUUAAACUGUAUUCUUUGUCCCAGGAAUCAGGCAGAAAUGCAGCUAAGUAUUUCAUUAACACAUACCCCAGGUACUUCCAGAAGGACUUUGCAGAACCGCAUAUUCCAUGUUUAAUGCCAGAGACUGUGGAGCUGCAAAUAGAGGAGGUGUCUGAAGCUGCCCUUGUGGAGCGCAUUAGGCUGAGAAAGGUCAAGGCAGCUGUGGACAUGUAUGAUCAACUUGUGCAAGCAGGCACUCCCGUGUCACUGGAUCUGACCAAUGAUCUACUGGAUCUGAUUUGUCUAUACGGAGAUCGGGAUCCACUACGAGAAGACUCCCCAGAACAGAGAACUGACGAAGUGGGAGAAGAGCAAGAUGACUCAAAGCGGAGAAAGGGACGACCACGAAGAGCCUCUGAGCUACUUACAAUUGUAUGGAGAGAGAAUAAUAAUGCACAGAGGAUCUUUAACACCAUGCCGGAACGGAACAGUGAGUCGUAUGGAGCGCUCAUCAGGGGCAUGGUGAAGUAUGGAGCUUUCUCCAAGGCUUUUGACACAUACACAGACCUGCUGAACAACCGACUGUCUGCUGAUGUGCACACCUUCAAUGCACUGAUCAUCGCUGCUGCAGAAGUAAAGGACAAAUACAGUGAUAAAUGGGAUCUGAUCAUUGACCUACUGAAGCAGAUGGCUCAACAGAAGGUGAAGCCCAACUUGCUGACAUUUAACACUGUGCUGAAGGUACUGCGUCGGUGCGGCUCUUUGGCUAAAGCGCAGGCCUUCCCCGUCCUCAACGAGAUGAAGGCCCUUGGCAUCGGUCCCAGUUUGGCCACCUACGAUCAUAUCCUUGGCAUCUUUUAUAAAGCUGCCACCUCGGCUCAAGGGCACACUGAGAUCCUACAGGAAGUGUUAAAUGAGAUGUCAGGAAAAAGCUUUACUGCCCAGGACCCAAAUGACGUACAAUUCUUCCCAAAUGCGAUGAGAAUUUGCCUGGACAAUAAGGACAUCGAACAGGCUUACAGAGUGCACAGCCUGCUUGAAGUAGGGGACAACUGGCAACUUUUGGGGGAUUCUUAUUACCAGAGCAUCUACUAUGGGCGGUUCUUUAACCUCCUGUGUAUGAUGGAGCACAUUGAUGUGGUGCUAAAGUGGUACAAAGAGUUUAUUCCCUCACUUUAUUACCCCAAUUCUCAAGCAAUGAAAGACUUGCUUCAGGCACUUGACACGGACAACAGAUUAGACCUGAUUCCUCAGAUAUGGAAAGAUAUCAAACGGAUGGGACAUGACAAUAGGAUGGAUCUGCUGGAGCAGAUCCUUUCCCUCAUGGCUCGGGAGAAACAAAGUUCAGAGGUUCAGAAUUCAUUUGCAGAUUGUGCUCUGGACAUUAAAAGACUAUACAUGCAAACUGACCAUGUCAGAGUGCCACUCAACUGGUCAACAAACUCCCUUAGUAGCAUCACCUCCAUCCUGCUGGCAGCAGAAAGGAUACAGGAGGCUGGGGAAAUGUUGAACAUCUUCAAAACCACCAACAGAAUUCCAUCUGAGGACCUGAUGAAUGAGUUUUUUGCCUGUAUAAAGACACACAAUGAUGCGCAGAAGGCUAUCGAGCUGGUCCAGAUCUCUGCGAGUUUUUGCCUGCCUAUCACCCCCCAUCUUAUUGAGAAGGUGCAGCAGGAGUUUGAGCUAACCGAUGAGCAAAAAGUGAUGUUAUCAGAUCUGGAGUCUUCCACACUUGACUGACUGAAAGGCAUUGUGCAUGCUGCGAAUAAUUUAUCAUGUCUUUACAAUAAAAUGUACCUGUAAUAAAAA